UUCAGGUGUGGGUGUGUGCAUAAUUUUCAAUUAAUGAAUAAGGGUGUUUUAUGUGAACCCCAAACUUUGCAAGUCUUACGGUAAGCUUAGGCUAUAUAAAACCAAUAUCCGGUGUUUACCGACUUCACUCGAGCAUCUCCGAGAGCAGCGAGAAGCCGACGUAUUCUGAUUCUCUUCCAAAUGUUCAACCUCAGUGGUUAAGCACUUUCUUGGGGGGCGAGGUUGAGAGGGAACUGAAAAGGGAGGACUGAGAUAAAUCGUCUGGACUAUUCGCCCCUCUCGAAAUUCGGGAACAGUAGACAUCUAUAUCUAUACGGAGCCGCGAAUCAAUCAAGGAGGUUCUGAAGAUGGACUCCAUAAUCAGAAUACUGGUGUUAAGCAUGCUGGUCCACGCAGCUCACUCUGCACCAGUACCAGCUCAAGAGGAGUCAGUCGUGUUUUUUGGGGAGGACUUCCACAUUCUGCUCCCCCAGGGCUUGCCUGAUGUGGUGUUCCAUCCCACGGUGGGUGCGGCGCGUGGGGAGGUGGUCCUAAUGAAGGCCGGGGCGGUGCAGGGCCCGCGGGCCAAACUGAACCAGCCGCUUAGCCACUUCAUCCUGGAGAAUGUGGGCGAGAGUGACGAGGGGCUCUACACCGUCACGUCCCUGGACCCCGUGGACAACAGCACAGUCACUAAGUCCAUUACACUCAUUGUGAGAGACUGUUCUAAUGAGGAUAAUGUGAAGUUUGGAGAGAACUUCAAAAUUGCGCUUGCUGGUGUAACCGCCCCCAUCUCGGUCGAGUUCCGGCCCAUCGCCGUUGAGGCAAACCAGACGUCCCGACCAGCUCUGGUUCUCAUGAACCAGGAGGAGUACCAGGCAGGCUAUGAGAACCGCAUCAGCGUCACUGAAAGCGAGGUCACUCUUCAGAGUGUCAUAGGAGCUGAUGAGGGCUCUUACACCAUUCUGGAUGCUGAUGGGAAAAUUCAGAAGAAGGUGUGCCUAAAUGUUAAAGAGCUUCAGAUCUUUAAUACCGUGCCUUAUGGAGGCACUCUGAAGUUCAAACUGAUCCUGAACAGCUCCCAGGUGCGCCUGGUCUACAAAUCCCGGGUGAUCAUGGACAAGGGCGAGUUGGUGAUUCCAGAGGACCUGGGUCUGCAGGAUCGCUUCUCUGUGGACGGCCUUCUCUGUGUUCUGGAGAGUGUCAAGGGCAGUGACACUGGAGUGUUCCAGAUCACAGAUCUGGAUGGCUUCACCAUCGCUAAUGUCUACUUGGCAGUGGAAGCCUUUAAGCUGCCGCCACUGUUUGUGGCCAUCAUUGCCCUGAUAUCCCUGGUGGUGCUGCUGUUGCUUGUGUGUCUGCUUGCCUGUCUGUUGAAGAUACGCAAGCGAGCAGAUAAGUCCCGGGCCCUUGAAAAGCUUGCCAAGGAUGCAGGGAAUGAGGAGGGUGAUGCCUUCCGACAGGUGGUCAAAGAAGCCUGCAAACAGGUUGACGACACCACCGUUCAGUCCCUUAAGGAGGACAUCACAGAGAAGUCCCAGAGCACAGAGGUUAGCAUUAAGGGAUUGGAGGUGUCCUCGAAGGAAGUAACUGGCUUUGACAAGAACCUUGAGACCAGUGACUCCGGAGUUGGCUUCAACACCACUGCCCUUCCUUUGGACAGUGACACAGAGGCACCUUCUGCACCCAUCCAUGACUCUGAUGCCCUGAGCACCUCAGCUGCUACUGAAGCCAAGCCCGCCCCAACCUUAACACCCGAGCCCAAACCAGCUCCUCCACCAACACCUGAACCUAAAGCGUCUCCGCCACCCCAACCUAAACCAGCUGUAACCCCAACACCGGAGCCCAAAUCCUCCCCACCCCCUGAGCCCAAACCAGCUGUAACCCCAACUCCCGACCCUAAACCGGUUAUAAUACCAACUCCCGAACCGAAGUCAACCGCCCCUAAGUCUCCUGCACCCGAGCCCAAGGCAGUUCCAUCUGAGGCCAAGCCAACCUCUACUCCACCUCCUGAACCCAAGGUAGCCAUGACACCUCCUCCUGAGGCUAAACCAGCUGUUUCUCCAACCCCUAAAUCCCCAGCCCCUGAACCCAAGCCGAGUCCCACUGCAGCAAAACCUGCGGAUGAGAAACCAGUUGCUGCCCCACCUCCACCUGAAGUUAAACCUCCUGUAUCACCAUCUCCAGACCAUAAGCCAAUGACACCAGAGUCAAAACCUGCUGCAAGCCCUGAUCCAAAGCCUGCACUUACACCAGCUCCUGAGCCCAAGCCUGCCGUGACCCCAACCUUGGAGCCCAAAGCACCCACCCCAGACCCUAAACCAGCUUCAAGCCCAACACCUGACCCUAAGAUAGCUGUGUCACCAGCUGAAGACUCCAAACCCACCACCAAUGGCACACCUGAGCUAAAAUCCGAUAGUGGAUCCUCAGCUCCAGGACUGGAUCUCCUGGGCAGUGAAUCCCCCAAAAUCACCCCUCCAAAGAGUCCUGAGACGGGGAUAAGUCUGGUGAAAGCUCCCCCUCCGGCAGAUGUGAGCUCUGAUGGAGAUGCUGCACCAGUGACCAAUGACAGCGCACCGUCAGCCACUGAGGAGGCCGCCACCACCUGAGGAAAAACAGGCUUUCACUAUCCCCUCCUUAGGAACGCUAUCCUGUCCUGAAUACCCAUUUAUGACUUAAGACAAUCCAAACACUCUACUAAAUGACAACGCCAUCAUCACAGAUCCUGGGGAAGGGACUUUUCAACACAUAUAAACACUUUUGUGCUUAACCAACGUAGCUCAUGUCUCACCUAUUACUCACUCAGAGGGAAAAUAUUACUUCAUCUCCCGGUACUUAUGCAUCAAGUUACACAAACGCUGACACCAUAGUGACCAUCUUUCUUUUUUUGUUGAUAUUGCUGGAAGAUACAACAAUUUCCUGCCAACCCAUCCCCUCCACCUUGGGGAACAGCCUAUAUGCAUGCACAUAACUUCUCAUUGGAACUGGGGCACAGGACAUCACUGAUAGUCUAGAGUAAUACAGUGCAGAGCCUAUUGUUCAUAUGUGGGACAAGAAUGAUUAAUUAUACUCCUUCACUCAUUGACCUAAGUUAAUGACACCAGUAAUGGUCUCAAUGGCUCACUGAUCAAGAGAAUGAAAAGGAUACAUCAUCUCUAUAAGGCCAGGAGACCUACAGCAACCACACCCAAGAUUCACAAGUGGACUUCAGAAACAGGGGCAAGCAUGGCUGUUCAAGUUUAUAGCAUCUGCAUGACCGGAAAUCCCCUUAUCAGGACCACUCUGUGUCUUAUCAUCCUCUCUGGCUGGACCGCCAACAGACUGAACUAACAACUGGAACAUUCCGUGUGAAUCUGAGAUCCUGGUCGUUCAGCAUUGAGACCAAACCCUCUCAGAUGCAUCAGAAGCACCCAAAGAUGAGAGAGCCUCAACCUUCCUCUCAGCUUUGAUAUUUACUCUACAUGGCCUUUUGAUUUCCUGCUAUACAUCUCUUAGCUGUGUACUAGUUCCUACCAGCAACCAUAUAAAUUGGAUUUUUGCCCAUAUAUGCAUGCAUAGAAAUCCACAGUGCUCUCAGAGCGAAGACCAGCAGUUAUAUAGAGAAUUCAAAGAAAAAGCUUUUUUUCUUAAUGUCACUCCGGAGGAUGCGGUGAGUAAAGAAAUUGAUUUGUAUAGGAAUGGCUCCAAAACGCCCCCUGUUCUAAAAGGACAUUGUAUGUUACAUCCUCUAACUCCAAGGUGUACACCCAUAAGGAAUAAUGUAUUCUCUCAUAUGUACAGUCACGUUUGGUCAGAUUCAGAUCACAAAGAAUGUUAAAGAAUGUUUUAUUAUUCAUGAUGGAAAUCAAUGCCUGCUGCAAUCGCAUAGUCAUUUGGAAACCCUGACACCUAGUCUAUCGUAUGUUGUUGCCUAUAGCCUGAAAGGGACUUUACACAUGGUGUUUACACAUGGUGAUAAUGUAACAGUGACAGUAUUAUUAAUGUAAUUAAUUAAUUAAUUGUUCUUGAAUCUUCGUCAUGUAAAGUUCUAUGUGAAAAUCCACUGCUAUGGAUGACCAGAAGAAGGAUGAUCAGCUGACAGAAAUGUCAACCUCUCAUGGCGUGUCCUGGUUAUGUUGCUGAUAAAUUCUCCUGGAACCAGUCAUGACAGGUGCCUGGUGAUUUGGCCGACUCCCUUCUCUGCUGAAGCGCUGGGGUCAGAGGAAGUUUACAGGUAGUCUUCUACCAGAGGAGUAAAGCCUCUCAUUCACGUCUCAAGCCGAGAUCAAGCGAGUCCAGCUAAGUAUCUGUGCAGAAAAAAGCACAAAAUUUAAGAAACUGUCAAUCAAUUAAAACGAUCCAGAGAGCCCAAAACAUAAUGCUACAGAUAUACUCUGUGAAUUUGUGAACUGCCUACUUUUUACCUUUAUAUUCACAGUUUUAAUAUGAGCAUCCAAAAUCAAAAUCAAUUUAAACCCAAAGCCAUAAAACAUCUCUAAACAGCAUGCAUUAUAAUGUAGAUAAAAUGUCAAAGAAUCACAGUGUUUAUAGUGCCUGUUACAGGUUUUGUAUUAUCACUGGUAUGUACAUGACAUAUUAUGGAGACAGAUUAUGUAAGGAGAUAUCACACUUUACAUCUACAGAAAUGAACUCAUGUAGGCAUAGGUAAAUCCCAGAAAAAUAUCCUAUUAUUAUAUGAGAGAGAGAGAAAUGUGGAGAGAGGGAACCGCUCAGCCCAUGGUGUCUGUGCCCUGGGACAUAGUUGGUGAAUAGGAAAAUCUUCAGUGUUAUCGUUUCCCAUUUAAGCAAUACAAAAUGUAGUGAUUGUAUAGACCCACUCUCUCACACACACACACACACACACACACACACACACACACACACACACACACACACACACACACACACACACACACACACACACACACACAAAUAAAACACUGGUGUAUUCCUCUUUAUUGUAUAUAUUGCAUGUGUAUAGCUAAUGUGGUUCCGUCACUCAAAAGAUGAUUGUGUUUGCUGUAUGAAAUGGUCGUAGUCUUUUACAAUUUGACAGAAGUCCCCCAAAAGUUGACUCGACCCUGUGAUUACUUCACUUGUAUGCUUACUGAUGUAAAAAACUGGUGGAAGUGACAGUAAUGCACACAUUCUUUCCUUCACUAAACAGCAACAACAGCAACUGUGUGAUGUUAAAGACAACAGCCCAAUUAUAAGUUGGUUGUUUAUUAGUCAGUAGAUGCUAGUGUUUAUUUGUGUAAUUGUCACCACAAUUGCAGAUUGUACACCCACCUAUUGAAAGUCCUAUCGGGUCCUAGUCGUUCUAUAGUCACCACAGAAAUGCAUCCAAAAUGGCAGUUUAGAACACCGCAUGAGCACAACAUGGCCACCUUAACAACAGUUGUGCUGUUACAGUUUCAGUAUUUGUGCCCUUGCGUAAAGUGUGUGCUGUCGGAUUGGUGUGUGUUCCCAGGACAAGAAGUGCUCACCAUAUGGCUUAUGUGUACUGUAUGUCUGUGCGUGCAUUUUCAGUAUGUGCCUGUUGGUUGACUGUAUGCUUGUAUUUGUCUGUGUUGGAUAAUGUGUGUGUAUGUACAGUAUGUAUGUACCAGUGUGUGUUUACAGUGAAAAUCUGCUGUGGAAAUGUAGGCGAUGUGUGUUUACUACUAUCAGCUUUACAUCACAACCCAUCUUCUUGGAGGUAGUGUGUCCCCGUGUCCUUGAUAACCAUCUGAAAUGACCCCCAGCGAGAUCAUCUGACACUUGUUUCCUUGAAAUGAGACUGGGAACUUUUACGUCGAGAUUAACAUAUAUUGGCGGUUAACUGUUAAGAAUAUGGUUUACAUCAUGAAUGACCCAAAAAGUGUGACUUCUAAAGCAAUCGCUGCCGUUUAUAAACACUCCCAAGGUGCUCUGGAGGAUAUAUACGUUAACGCUACUUUGUCUAUAAAAAGAAUACAUUCGGCAGGCUUCUUCUGUAAAUGCAUUCAAAGCUAUUUUAUGCAUAGUUGUGUAGAGUGUAAAUGCCAUUGAAAUGUUUGAGAACUGUAGGCUGAAAUUAUUGCUUGCUUCAGUGUGGCAAUGUUAAGUGAGAUAGCUUGUGACUCAUCAUGAACGUUCAGUUAUCACAGAGAAAUGGCUAUGUUAUGAGUGACUCAGUACUGGGCAUCAGUCCUGACUGUAACUGUAAAUGGUUGGUGUAGGUGUGGGGGGGGGGGAUCCUAUGAGUGUUUGAAAAUGAACUGAGGGCUGUGUCUGUCAUAAUCACUCUAUAUGUUCAAGGGUUUAAGCCAAGGCUGCCCAUACUCAGUAAUGGGUGCUUCUGUGAGUGUAAUGAGCCAUUUGAAGUCAUUCACUGAUGUGAAUGAGACUCAUUUCAGCCAUGUGCUGGGAUGAUAUGGAAUAGAAUUGUAAGAAUUUGAGUUUUUGGAAAUAUAUAUGGAAAUAUAUCAAGAGUAGUGGCAGUCUUGUUUUAAGCUCUGGAACCUCUGAUUGGCUCCACUCUGGGCUUGGUUUGAUACUAUCCCACACCUGCAUGAGGUCGUCUCUGGCAUUUGUUUUGCACUUCUCUGUAUGAACAAUCUCAGAACCUCCCACCGCCCUUGACCCCCCCGCCCCCACCUCCCGUUGCCGUCUCAACUUCUGUGUCGUUUUACAGUUUGCUGAUCUCUGUACUCUCCUUUUUGCACAACGCAACAAACACUUAGACGUUUUAUAAAGAAAAGAUUGUUUUCUUUAUGUCAUGUCUAAAAAUAAUAAUAAAAGUGCGCAACUGAAUUUUGAAAACAAA